AUGAAUGAUUCGUACCAUGAUCGUGAGCCUCGUAGACUUGACCUUCAAAUCAUACCGAAAGAGGGUUUGGGCUGGUUUCGUCUCGGUGUAUCCAUUUGGGACAUAAUAAACUCGCUUCGCGAACAAGCGAUAGCCUUUCCCACUGUCGACUUCAAGUACAACGAAGAGUCUCCAUUAACAACAGAUCUAUUCUUAUCGUUGCCAGCCAAUGGCAUCAAUCUUCGCUUCGAUGGAUCGACGCAGCGAUUGAAGUUAAUCGAAGUUUAUGACUUUUCUAGAUUGAGAUUGACAUACAAUGAGAAUGAAAUCAGUUCGAGUAGAACAAAACCCACUUCAGUAUUAGUUUAUAAUAGAUUUGGACCAACGGUUCGUGGCGAAUUUGAAAUAUCAAAAAAUGAAUACACGUUGAAUUAUCCGGGCGUAUCGUUUAUCUUCCUCAUUCCAAAAGAACAUUCGUCUCUCUAUACACCCGAGUCAUCUGAUAUUCCGCUAGAGCUACCUGGCGGGACAUCACCACUACUUACGCGUCUAUACAUCUACCAAGGACCAAAUUUCAGAACGCCAUCCGAACCCGUGUUGAUAAGGAGCGCAAGUAAUGAGAAUAUUGGAGGAUAUUGGUCGGAUGCUGGUGAAGUUGAAAGUGUUAUUGCUGAGUUGAAGAAGGGCGUUACGGUUCAUUUCUUUCCUACAAGCAAUAUGACUAGACAGUCAACAGAAAUUCUACUGAAUGUUACGACGCCUCAAGACUUGUUAGUUGAGAUUGGACCACCAUUACGUACUUUCUAUAAAGAGGAGGAUCAGAUGAAAAUACAUUCCGAAGAAAACGGUAAACCUGCUGAUUAUGGUAACCACAUGACCAAUGCAGCUGUUACAGACACGGCGGUACCACAGGGAGAAGACGGACAUACAGAUUACUUUUACAACUACUUCCAUCUCGGCUUUGACGUCUUGUUUGAUGGAUCUACUCAUCGAUGUAAGAAAGUGGUAUUAAAUGGCAAUGUACCUGGACAUUAUGAUUUUCAGCGAUACAAGCGAUGUCCAUAUAAGAUACUGGUACCAUCAAGUGUAGGAUCACCUACUAGUGAUGAACCUGACCAAGCUGCACAAUUAGACGUAGAAGAUAUAGAUGAAAUUUAUGAAAACAACCAUAUUACAUCAGAAAUGAAGAUUGAAGAGAUUGAUCAACGUCUUGGCGGUCCUUUUCCUGGUCGGCCAUUAAUUCUCAAUCGGGGAUCAAUUGGACAGAAUCCUUUUGGUCCAACCGAAUUGAAUGGAUAUGACGGAGCUGUCUUUGAG